GACGUAAGGACUGUGUCGUCGGUGGACCAUCCCUCUUGACGGCGUCAGGCUUUAGCAUUAACCACAGGCAACAGGAGAAGUUCCACACAGCUCCUGAACAUGGCUCUAAAUCGGAAUCAUUCUCAAAACGGCGGAGUCCUGAUUAACAACGGAGAGACUGUCUUAAGACAAUGUAAGAAUGUGGAGCUGUCAUUCACUGAUGUCACCUGCAAGACUGAUCUGCUCAAGGGGACCAAGAAAGGCACAAUUUAUCUUACACCCUACAGGUUGGUGUUCGUGUCCAGUAACAACAAGGACUGCUUAGGCUCAGCCGUCUUCCCCUAUUAUCUGAUGAAGGGCUGCAGCAUUGAGCAGCCAGUGUUUGGAGCCAACUACAUAAAAGGCACUGUGUCGGCUGAGGCAGGUGGUGGCUGGGAAGGUCAGGCUCAUUUCAAGAUGUCAUUUCCCAGUGGAGGAGCCAUUGAGGUGGGACAGCAUCUCUUCAAACUGGCCACAAAUGCAUCUCGUGCUGCUCCGGCCCAGAACGGUGCUCCUGCUUAUGGUUACCCUUCACCCGGCAUGGUGAACGGGUAUGGUCCACCUCCAUCUGCCUCUAACGGCUAUCCCUACGCACCCCCUCCCCAGCAGAACGGAUUCUACCAAGGUCCCCCUCCUCCUACUGCUUCUGGCAAUAUGGGGUACCCCUAUCCAACAGCAGCAGCAGGCAUGUACCCAUCUGGAUUUGACUACAUGGCCCCACCCCCUCCUUAUCCCGGGCCACCCCAGAAUUGGACUCCACCUCCUCAGAACUGGACCGCUCCCCCGACUCCUGCAGGCAACUCAAAGGCGGCUGAAGCAGCAGGCAGCGCGUAUUAUAAUCCCAGCAAUCCGCACAGCGUCUACAUGCCUGCGGAGCGGCCUCCACCAUAUGCACCUUAUCCUAACUCCCCUGACAAAAAGAAAGACUGAGACUCGAACCAUCACCUCUGUGGCACUCCUCUUGCUUCCCAUGUUUUCCAAAUUAGACUCCAAAGCAAGUAAUGUUGAUGGAAAACUGCUAGGUUUAAUAAAAAGUGAAGGCUGUUGGCACAGAGCUCAAUGAUGUCAGUAAUGCUUUAACGUACAAUCAGUGAUAUUUUGGGCACAAGAACAGGUUAGAACAUAACUGUGUCUUUGACAUGGUGCCAGUUAAAACCAACAAUAUUAACUCACUUACAUUCUGAGCAUGAAAAUUUAUUAUUUUCUAUCUAAUUCUCUAACACCAAAACUAUCCAUCCAUAAAUUUAAAGGAAGAAAACUAUAUUUUUAACAAAACGUUUUCUGGCUAUGUGAUUGUUGUACCGAGGGAAACUUCUCCACUAAAACCCCGUUUCUCCACAGCAUCAUAGCAAAUACUGUAUUAUUUUUCCUAUUAGUUUUUUGUGUUUAUUAAUAUGUAGGUAAAUAUAAACAACUUUACUUCAGCUAUCAGGAAUGUUUCCUUGUACUGCUUCACAUUAUAUUUUAUAUAGCAUCAUUCAUUUAUGCUAUUUUUCCUGAUAAUUUCUCUUAGAUGGUUUAAGUUAAAAGUAAGUAGUGCGAUGUUUGGGGGUAAGGAGGAUUCAGAAAGAUUUCUUGUGAUACAUGUAGGUGCAAUCUCUGUGAUCAACACCAGAACUCCUCUCCUUCACUAAUUAAACUAGUGUGGGGUUACUGAGCCACAUUGAUUUAUUCAAGGCUCAUGAGUGCUUUAUUGCUGUUGAUUCCUCUGAAUGCAAAGCAUUGGUUGCAGAUUAAGAGUGUUGUGGUUGAAACAGGCUGUGUCUCCCUUAAUGUGCAACAGUUACAAUUUGUUUGAUGGAUUAUUUGCGCACAGAUAUAGUAGGUAGAUGCUUCACCUGAUUUAAUCUAAUGUCUGUAUUUUAAUACCUUUUGAAGUUCUUUUUCUCUCUGCUAAAUUUUGUUUGAAAUAAAAUUUAAUAAAUUAAUCAUUUAUUAAAGCUUA